AGUCGCUUUCUGUAAUUAUAAGAAGCAUGUUCCUUUGCCCAGCUCAACACUCAUUUGUUUUGAAAGAACUCAGGUGGAUCUUCUGUCUCUCUUCUAGUGUUUAGUGAUAAAAAAAUCGUUGAUCGAAUAUGUUGGUAGCUGAUAUGUGAUGUAAGCUUUUCGGAAUAAUAGAAAAUGAAGCUUCCCUAUAAAAAGUUGGACUCGAAAGGCAUGGGGGUGCCAUGGGUGGCCCAAGUGCGGUGCCUGCACUUGGCGGUCUUCGCCCUAGCGACCGUCCCGAUCCUCCUCUGCUUCUCGUACCUGAACGGCGCGCAGCCGCACACGACCGCCUCGCCGGGAGGGCGGUCGUUCGAGGUCCGCGCAGGCGCAGGCGCGGCGAACGCGACGCAGCCGGAGCGGGAGGGUGCGCGCGCCGACGCCGGCACGUCCGAGGCGCCCCUGUCGGCGCCUGCGCCCUCGCAGAGCGGGAAUGUUACCGGUGGUGUGCCUCAGGGACCGGAUCUGACCAAAGGUGUAGCUGCUGAAAUAAUUUACGAAGCCGGACACAUGGACGUGAACUCGCAGAUUUGCCCCGACCUGGGCAGAAAUCUGAGGCUUCUGAUUGCGAUCACGUCGGCGCCGAGCCACGAGACCGCCAGACUAGCAGUGAGAGAAACCUGGGGCCACUUUGCCAUACGAAAAGACAUAGCCAUAGCCUUCAUGUUGGGAGCCACCUCGAAUCAAACCGUGAACAAGAACCUCGAGCAAGAACAAGGAAUCUUCGGCGACAUCAUUCAGGGAAAGUUCGUCGACACCUACGACAAUCUCACUUUGAAGACCAUAUCGAUGCUGGAGUGGGUGGACAGGUUCUGUCCCAAGGCCCAAUUCGUACUUAAAACGGACGACGACAUGUUCAUAAACGUGUCUCGUCUGCUCGCUUUCAUCGCCAAACAUAAGCCUGAACAGAGAGCGAUAUACGGCCGGCUGGCCAGGAAGUGGAAGCCUAUCAGGAGCAAAAAAUCCAAGUAUUAUAUUUCCCCGCAGCAGUACAAGCCGGCGGUUUUUCCGGACUUCACUACUGGGCCUGCGUACCUGUUUCCAGCUAAAAUAUCCAGAGACCUCUACGUAGCAGCGCUGAAUUACACGUAUUUCAAGUUGGAGGACGUGUUCGUUACUGGGAUCGUAGCAAACGGAUUGAAUAUCAAACGGGUACAUGCGCCUGAAUUUCUGAACAAGCGAGUUUCUUUCACUCCUUGCAAUAUACAGAAGGAGAUUAGCAUUCACAUGGUGAAGAGUGCUGAGCAAUACGACUUGUGGAAGAAACUGCACGACGUUGCAAAGUGUAAAAAGUGAUCGUGAUAUGGGCUUUUCUUUCUGAUCAAAAAAGCAGUAUAGGCAUGUGAUUAGUUUAAUUUUUUUCAUUAUGAACAGUAUUUUUCAUUGAUAUAAAUCAUUUUCGUUAAAUUAAUGUAUUUCAUCUAGGUUAGAACUGAACAUCCCUCUCCGUCUUGGCAAUAGAAUUGCCAAGGGAACAUCAAUAUUUUUCAUUUCAACUUCAUGCAAUAAUUAUUUUGUAUCAUAUCAUAAUGUAAAUACAAAAACUCUGUUUUUUAUAUUUUAGUUUUAGAAUCUAUCGGUGAGAAAUAUCGAUGUAAAUAUCUUUGUAAAGUUUUAACAAAAUAAAACUCUAAAUUUGU